CUCAUCAGGUAUCUCAUUUGUGUCCGACCCGUCGAGGAAUGCUCUCAUGUCAGACUUGCCAGAAGACCUUCACAUGUCAGAAACAUCUCAGCCGACAUCAAGUCGUCCACGGAGACAGCCGGCCAUUCCAGUGCGGCGUAUGCUUCAAGGCCUUUUCCCGCAAGGACGGCCUGCAAAGGCAUGAAUCGACGCACCGAGGAUCAAAAUCCCUCGUCCAGAUCAAAGGCCGCGCAUGUGCUGCCUGUGUCUCCGCUAAAACCAGAUGCACCGGCGUUUUGCCUUGUCAGAGAUGCGUUAACAGGAAGACCGAAUGCACAUACACAUCGAGGCAAGGAUCCUUGACAGCAGCUAGGGGACGAUCCAUGACCCAGGAGAGUCUGGUCAGUGGUGAAUGCCCUGCCGCGGCGCUAGAUCAGUCUACCAUCCUUGAAGAGCCAUCUGCAGCCAUUUCACAGCAGAUUGCGACCUCACCUCCAACCGGGAUGUCCAACCAACCUCUAGUCCUCAACGGCCCCUCUGAAGAACUCUCUGAAGAGCUAUCCCAGCCAGUAAUCACGCGGAAUCACAUCGAGGCGCUUCGAGACUCUGGGUGGCCGCAGUAUACUCCCGAUCUUCUUGGGCCUGAAUCCCUCAACCUGAAUCUUGAUGUUCAGAGUCUACCAUCAAAUCCAAUCGUGACCGCACACCAUGAACUUGUCCAUAGUCAAUUUGGUUGGGAGCCCAGUCAAUCUUCGACAAUCAAUUGGCUACAGAUGGAAGCAGUGGAUCUCGGCUACUUUCCUAUGAGAGACUUCUUCCCUACUGCACUCUCUGCAGGUGCCUUGUCAUCGCCAGAGUCUUGGCAUCACUCAGUACGAUCGCCCACAUUUCAAAGUCACUCAGACUCUGGACCGACCGCUGUGAGUGUAGUCAAUACCGACUCCCCGCAAGAGUCGGUUGGCCAUGCUACUGCUUCGAAUGUAGCCCCGGACGGUCCAUCUAUCGAAACGGAUGUCGAACGAGGAUCGUAUUAUGUAGACGGCGACAAGGCAAGACAAACCCGCCGCAAGAGGCGUAGACUCAUGACAUUCACGCCUUCUUCGCAUAAUUCCGGGUUUUCUUUUGCAUCCUGCACAGAAAUGCAGUUUUCGUCUGCCAAUAUUCACGACCAUUUCCUCGAUGAGCGACAGCACGGGCAACUGGAAGUGCUCUUCCAAUCUCUGUGCGUCAACACAUUAUUCUUUCAACCCUUUUUGACAACGGAUUUUCCCUCUCAAGAAGUCUUCCACCACCUUGUCCAGGGCUACCUUAUUUCGUUUCAUCAAGCGUUACCCUUCAUCCACCGACCAACAUUUCGAGGGUAUGAUCGCCAUCACACGUUACUGCUAGCCAUGGCAGCCCUGGGUGCUCGAUUUUCAGAACAUGAAGCUGCAGUUUCUCUUUCGGCACCCUUGACAGAACUAUUGAGGCGCAUCAUGAUGCAUAUAGAUGAGGAUCGGGAAAGGAAUUCCCUUUCAGAAUAUGAGAUGGCGCAAAUUCGAUUGCUCUACUCGGUUACCACCAGAUACACCAGAGCCGGCCAACCUCAACGUGAUGCGAUGGUCGCUGUUCGGGAGUGCACUUCUACGUUUGAUAUGACCUUCCGUCAACAUGCCAAGCAUCGGUCUGUCCCUCAAAAUCAGACUCAGUGGUUGUCCUGGGUCCACCAAGAGGAGAUUACGAGGACCAAAUUUUGCAUCUGGUUAUUAGAUUGUAUGGUAGCGUCCCACACAGGAUCACAACCCGCCCUCAGACUCGCCGCUGUAACUGACACCCAGUUGCCAUGUACUGAAUCGUUAUGGUCGGCUGAAUCCUGGAACAUGUGGAACGCAGUAAAGCAGAGCAGUGCGACUGAGCCACCGACCAUAGAAGAGGCCUUACGAGAUUUGUACAUCGAGAAGCAACUAUCCCCCAAUUUGGGGGAGUUCUCUCGAAUCAUGAUUGUUCAUGCCUUAUACCACAGAACAUGGGACGUGCGGGAGUACUUCGAGCAGCGCUUAUCUCACUACGUUCCAUCCGCUCAACGUCAGUCAAGCGCAGAUGUCCCUUCGCCUCUACCAGCGUGGCAUCCGAGAAUGGAGUCAUUUAACAAAUGGCGCAAUGCGGCUCUUGACUGUAUUGAUAUUUUACAUUGGAACGCCAAUGCACUCAUCGGCCUAGCACAGGGGAUGGAGCAUCACACCGUCCUACAUCUUCAUUUCUCCCGCAUUGUUCUUCUGUGUCCUAUCCAGCACGUACUAAGACUCGCGCGGUUCCUGUCCGAAACUAGCGAACGACGAUCAUCCAGCACAUCUUCAGUUCACGAAGCUGAGCACGACGCCAGAGCAAUUCAACAAUGGGUUGCACAAGAUAAAUACAAAGCGCGUCUGGCGACAGUGCACGCGGGUACGGUACUCUGGCAUGUUAGGCGAUAUUCGAGUGGCGCUUUCUAUGAACCUGAAUGCGUCGCACUAGCUACCUUAAUGCUCUGGGCGCACAGUAAGUUCUUCGCUCGAAGUAACCACAAUCCGGAGGACACUAUUAGUGCAAAACCAGGUCACCUUAGAGCAGACCGUGACAUUAUUCUGCUCGAUAGGCCAACAGAUGAUGAACUCGUCCAGCAAUAUGUCAGAGAAGGCGACUUGAUGCACGCCAACAUGAAAGGAGUGGGUGAUCUUUUUGGGCCCUCGGGUGCACAUCGAGUACUUGUCCAAGGACGGAUGCUUCUGGGUACUUUAGGGGCAUGGCAAGAGGCCACAAGUUACUGGACAGAUUUCUUGAAAAAGCUCGAGUACGCUAGUGCAGGGAGGAGUGAUGUUGUAAGGCAGUAGAACUUUUUGUAAAUCAUCGGUAGCAACAAUUGAUCGAUACAAGUAUAACAACCGUUUUUAGAGAGAUCGUUUGCUUUUCUGUACGCCUGUAGUAUGGAUCUUGUGGAAUUAGACGUCAACUACAAUUUGGUUUACUAUUUUGUUUUUCAAAGUCUAUUCAUUAUUGUAACAGCCUAAAUUUCCAUUGAUCGAGUCUCCCA